GCUGCCGCAGCCCCAUGAACCGCGUGCGGUUCGCCGACGCCUUGGGCCUGGAGCUGACCCAAGUGAAGGUCUUCCAGAGCAGCGAGGACCCCUCGGUGCCCCUGCACGUGCUGUCCCGCCUCUCCAUCAACUCGGCGCUGUGCUGCAGCAGCGUGGACCUGGAGUUCGCCAUGCAGUGCCUGGUGCCCGACUUCCCGCCGCCGGCCGACGCCGCCGACUUCGCCGCCCGGCUCCGGCGCCAGCGCGUGUGCCUGGAGCGCGUGAGCAGCUCGGACCUGGGGCUGGGCGGCACCGUGCGCGUCCUCAACGUGGCGUUCGAGAAGCAGGUGUCGGUGCGCUACACCUUCGACCGGUGGCAGAGCCUGCACGAGGUGUGCGCCCGCUGGCACAGCGGCGUCGCCGAGGGGGACAGGCUGGGCCCCGCCGACGUCUUCACGUUCUUCCUCCCGGUGCCUCCUUUCCUGCUGCGGCCCUGCUCUGUGGUCCAGCUGGCGGUGCGGUACCGAGUCGACGGGCACGAGUACUGGGAUAACAACGAGGGCCAGAACUACAGCUUCACCUGCAGGAGCCACCCGCUCAAGAUGCCUCGGGAGUGCGAAGAGAGCUGGAUCCACUUCAUCUAAGCGACGCGGCGCCGCCCUCUCCGACGGCAGACGAGGUUCUUUGGGGCAAUCCGAUAUCCUAGACCAACGCGGCUGCGACCUCUCCCGUGGCACCGCGGGAAGCCUGCUGAAGCCCGUCGCGCUGUUCAGAGACGUUUCAAAAUAAGAAAAUAAGAGCUCCUUGCAAAGCUCUUCUUGGGUGUUAAAAAGCUGCCUGCCGUCUCACGCGAUUCAAAGGGAUCUCUCAGCAUGUCAGGGCAGCAUUGGCUCAACGGGGCACUGCCAGAUUUAAAGCUAUAAUGUCUAAAAGCGAAACAGAGCUCUUGGGAAAUACUGUAGAUUGCGCAGGCAGAACUUUUAAAACUAAUGUUUCAUAAUUUUAACGGCCUUUCUGUUUUGCACUUCAGUGGGAAAUAGACUGUUUUGCUUUGUAGUUUUGUUAGGAUGCCACUUCUUACACACUGGUUCUUGGGCAUUAUGCCACUGAUGCAAAGUCUAGGAUGCAGGUGCUGCGAGGGAAUGUUUAUAUUCAGGUCCAUUUUUAUUAAUAUUUAAAACGCAUUUAAUAUUUUUAUUGUUGGUUUUCAUUAUUUUUAGCAACCACUGGCUAUUAGAUGGAUACUAUCUGACAGUGGCCCUAAAAAAUAAGUUGUAAACCUGGUGCCUUUUCUUAUCUGCAGUGCAUGUUAUAGAUGCAGUCAAAGGGAUUGUUAACCACAGCGUAGUGUUUGUUAAAUUGUGAGGCUGCCCUUUGUGGGGAAGUUCUCUUCUUCUUUUUCCCCAUGUGAAAUACAUGUGGGUCUCUGGAAAAAGAAAAAAAAAAAAAAGAUGUUUCCCCUUUUGAAUAACUGCUCUUACUAAGUAACUCCAUAGCAGUGUUGCACUUCUUCCUGAAGAUAGCACUUCUGCUGUCCGUUCUACCUGAAGAUAACCUGAUGAUAAAAGAGAAAUGCUAAUGAAUUAAGCCUCUCAACUCCUGUGGGAGACUAGUAAUUAUGCCUAUUUAUAAGUGGGGAAACAGAUUUGAGAUGCUAAAUGCCGAGGCCACUCAGUGACCAGGCCAUAGAAUAGAAUCCACGAGUUCUGGUGCUUACGUCUCUGUUGCAGUCUUCUCACUCUGUGGCAGUAGUGUCUUGAACCCUAUAAUUACCUGCUUUUACUCAGUUAAACAAAAAUGCCCUGGCUCCUCCUGCUCCAGCACAAUGUGGUGGCUUCUAGGAGGGAUGAAGGCAUGGCCGGUGCCACUGUGGAUCCACUGGUAAGAGUCUCUCUUACGCAGGAGUGGGGGGAUGGCCUCCCCCUUACACAACCUAUUGCACUGCCUCUAGUGGGGUGAGGAUCGAGUCCUGUACAGUUUUGGCAACACACAGGCUUAAAUUCAGAUAAGGGAAGACAAUGCCUCCUACAGUGAAAAUGCCUGAAAAGCUGUAUUUACCUUGCAUAGGUAGCCUUAAUUUUCAAAAGUAACUAGUGGCCUUGAGUGCCUGAGGUUUGUUGGUUUGUUUUUUUUUUUAUAGUAUUCAGUUGCCUGAGCUUUAUAAAGUUUUAUAACCAUCUGUUAAAAUGACACUUUUCCAGGAUGCAGAUGCUUAGCACUUCCUGAAAAUCAGACAGUUUAUCAAGGAGGACAACAGAUAUUCAGGCACUCUAAACCACUAAUGGCUUUUGAAAAGCAACAUGAAUAGUAUA